CGCCCUCCGCCCUCCGCCCAGGCUUCCCUUCCGCGCGCCCACGGCCAGCUUCCCUUUCCGGCGGUGCCAACUGCGGCCGCCCGUGUCUCUUCUCCGGGGCCUCUGCAGCUCUCCCUGCGGCGAGCAUGGCGGCUGGGACGCUCGGGGCCGGCCUGCGGCUCUGCGCCACAGUGUUUUUACUGGAUGUGGUUUUCAGUAAAGGAUUUGUACAAGAUUUGGAUGAAUCGUUUAAAGAUAAUCGGAAAGAUGACAUUUGGCUUGUAGAUUUUUAUGCACCAUGGUGUGGCCAUUGUAAAAAACUGGAACCGAUUUGGAAUGAAGUUGGUCUUGAGAUGAAAAGCAUUGGUUCUCCAGUUAAAGUUGGAAAGAUGGAUGCUACUUCCUAUUCUAGCAUUGCUUCAGAGUUUGGAGUUCGAGGUUAUCCAACAAUUAAGCUAUUAAAGGGGGACUUGGCAUAUAAUUAUAGAGGACCACGAACUAAAGAUGAUAUUAUUGAGUUUGCUCACAGAGUGUCUGGGGCUCUAAUUCGGCCACUUCCAAGUCAGCAAAUGUUUGAACAUGUGCAAAAGAGACAUCGUGUAUUUUUUGUUUACAUUGGUGGAGAGUCACCUUUGAAGGAGAAAUACAUAGAUGCUGCUUCAGAAUUAAUUGUAUAUACAUACUUCUUUUCUGCCUCAGAAGAAGUGGUUCCUGAGUAUGUGACACUGAAGGAGAUGCCAGCUGUGCUUGUUUUCAAAGAUGAAACUUACUUUAUUUAUGAUGAAUACGAGGAUGGUGAUCUGUCAUCUUGGAUCAACAGGGAGAGGUUUCAAAACUACCUGACUGUGGAUGGCUUCCUCUUAUAUGAACUGGGAGAUACCGGAAAGCUUGUGGCUAUUGCAGUUAUUGAUGAGAAAAAUACAUCAAUUGAACACACCAGAUUAAAGUCAAUUAUUCAGGAAGUUGCUAGAGAUUACAGAGACCAGUUCCACAGAGAUUUUCAGUUUGGCCAUAUGGAUGGAAAUGACUAUAUAAAUACCCUGCUGAUGGAUGAACUCAAAGUCCCAACGGUGGUUGUACUAAAUACUUCCAACCAACAGUACUUUUUACUAGAUAGACAGAUCAAGAGUGCCGAGGACAUGGUGCAGUUCAUUAAUAACAUCUUGGAUGGCACAGUGGAGGCCCAAGGAGGUGAUAGCAUAUUGCAGAGAUUGAAGAGGAUAGUAUUUGAUGCCAAAUCUACUAUUGUGUCUAUAUUCAAGAGCUCUCCACUGAUGGGCUGCUUUCUCUUUGGCCUUCCACUGGGGGUCGUCAGUAUCAUGUGCUAUGGCAUCUACACAGCGGACACAGAUGGAGGUUACAUAGAAGAACGAUAUGAAGUAUCCAAAAGUGAAAUUGAAAGCCAAGAACCAACAGAAGAAAGCAAAGAACAGGAGCCAAGGAGUGGAGAUGCCCUAGUGCCUACGGUGCAAGGACCCAAAGAUGUAUUAGAAAAGAAGAAAGAUUGAAAUUUUGCUAGUGUAGAAUAUUUCAUAGGAUUUCAAAUUAUUAAAGAGUCUAUUUAUUGAAUUUAGACAUUUAAUCAUGAUCUUUACAAAAAAGAAUAUGAUAUUUGUAUUUUGCUAAUAUCUACUUGCAUGGAUUAAAGUAGUCCUUCCUAAAUGGGGGCAUAUUUGGAGCAAAGAGAUGAAAUGUUUGUCUAAAAAAAAAAAAAAUCCAGACACUCCAUCAAAGUUGACCUUAUAGAUACUGUUACAGCAGAUCAGUUCUUUUGCAUGUUUCUCUGAGUAUUCUGUGACACCAUUAAGAUUCCUGGACAGAAUAUUUAAAUUGGUCAGUCAGGUAGAAGAUACAUGUUUGACAAAGAAAAACAAUACCUUCACCUCCUACCAUUCAUUCUUCUCGUAUAUUUUAGGUAAGGUUUACGUGGACAAAAUUAAGUCUUUAAAAUUUAGGCACUUUAAAGGAGAACUAACAACUUUUUCCAUGGAUCAACUUAAGAUUGACUUAAAAAUAAUUUGGUUUUAUAUAGCUUAGCGAUUUUAUUUUGUUAUUGUUUUUAAAGGAGAAGAAAAGUUCCUCUUUAACUUUAUACUCAGUUGCAUUAUAAAAAUUUCCUAUGCGUCUAUAGAGUGGGGAAAAAAUAGUCUUGUGUUUAAUCUUUGCAAAAUAAAUGGAUUUAUUUGGGACAUUGAUUUCAAACCACACCCUGGGACAUGCUUAGCAGUUGUCUCAGUGGUCACUGUAGGAAGGGGAGGGUCUCUGUUACUCCUACUCUGCUUUAGCCAGAAUGGCCUCCUAUUUUUUCUCUAUUUUAUAUAUUGGAAUCUCUUCUAAAAAUUUGCUUUGAUAAAAAGCUCCUGCUGCUUUUUAAAAAGUAAUAUAUAUCAUAUUUUUUAUGUUUAUGAUAUGGUAACUUAUGACAUAGUAUAUGUGUAUCUGUGUAUAUACACACAUGCACAAUAUAUUUACAUACACAUAUAUAAAAUUUAUUGACAUAUGUCUGUUACAUAACAUGGGCAUGUUUAUAUUCAUAAUGAGUGACAUUAUCAGCCUGUCAACAAAUUUAUGAUAAUCCAGUGAGUAAGAGAUCUGCCAAUUACCUUCUCCAUCCUCUCAUUUCUGACGCCUAUUUCAGCCAGUGACCUCUCCUCUUCUCCCUAUAAUGAAAUAAGAACUCUAUCCCGAGUAAUGGAUAAAAAUUGGCAUUAUUUUAAGUAUAGUUAUGGUGUGCUUAUUGUAGAUUAUUUUUGAGUCCUUCAUUUUAGCUAAGUUUGUAGGAUUUUUAUUAGAUGACCAUUGUGUGGGUGAUUAUUCACUGAAUAAUUGAGUUAAACAAUAUAAUAGUUUUUAUUAAACACUGAAAAAUGAGUGUUAAUCACUUUAAAAAUAUGCAGCUCAUGGUCCUGAUAUUGAAGUUGUUUAGGGCUUUGGUCCUCAAGCCAGCUGUUGGUUACUUCUGAUGCCAUGCUGAUCCCAGCUAAACUGAAACUCUUGUAUCUACUAAGAAGUUUCUAGCAAUUGUUUUAUUGUAUCCAUGUGUUCUUUUAGCAUAUCAUAGUUAAAUGCUACCAAUUUAACAAUUGGAUUCCUCUCCAAAGAGUAAUGAGGGGUUCUUUUGGAGGAUAAAUAUUAAUGUUCCCAGAGGUCGAGCUUGUUUUGCAGCAGUGACAAAAGCUUAGGUGACUAUCAUGCUUCAAGUCUAACCUAAUAAGGAAUGUAAAGCAUAGCCUCCACCAGUGACAGUAGGAAAUUGUAGAAAAUGCCAUGGCUUUUCUUCUUCAUGUUUAUCAUUAUCAGAUGUCCAUCAUCUGCACAUUUUUGGCCUUUGUCAGGCAUCACUUAUAAAAAUGAAAGACUUCAGUAGAGAAAGAAAAAAUAGUAAAAGCUCAAUAUGUAUCAACAAACAAGACAUCUGGUGAUCUUUGUAUUCUGAGACUUGCUUGUCAGUAAGUUAAUGCCUUAAUUUUCUGUUACCUUUUUCACAACUCUCUACUGUUGUCCUAUAUUCUAUUUGUGUUUUUCAAGAGUGUCUGUUAGGAAAACAAAACGUGUAGAUGGUUUAUAAGGAAUAAUUUUCUUUCUUUUGUGUUAAAAUUUUGCUUUUUAUUUGUUUCUACUUUAGGAUAUUAUCAGACUUCUCACAAAACAAAUUUAAAAAUUUUGUUCAGUAGUAUGCUGUUCCCUUUAAUGUGGUAUCAGCAUUUAAGUAGAAAUGCUAUUUUCAUUUCAGGAAAAACUACACCCAAGUAAAGUUAAUUUCUUAAUGAAUCUAGUAGUAUAAUAGAGAUAUCCUCAUUCACUGGUGAAUCUUAUUAUGAACAUAUUAAUAAGAGUAUCCUUUUGUCUUUUCUUUUGGUUGCAAUAAAAUUCUCUUUCUAAAUCUUAAAAUUCAGAGUUCUAGGUGACUUGCUAUUGCUAAAUCUAGUGUUCAGACAAUAUUUAAUUACAUUUCAGAAGAAGAAAAUACAUAUUUUUAUCAAGCUAUGCACCCCAUUAUAGCUUGCAGUCCUUUCUAUUUGCUCUAUUUGCUUCAUCAUACACAUUAAUAUUUCCCUAGCUACUUUAUCUGAAACUUGAGGUGUAUUAGACUUGAAUUUUUAUUUUCUUCUCACACCUAGUGUUUUCCUGGUUUCUGACUUAGAAAUAGCAUAAACAGCCAAAUGUCUAGAGGUUGAAGGAAGGGCCUAUGUGAGUAGUUAGACAACUGUAUUUUUGUUUAGUGGAUUUUUGUUGAUGUUUCUUGUGUUUUGUUUCAGGGGCUUUUGUGGUUUUGGUUUUCUAAAAUAAUUUACAUUUUUUCAUCAUUGCUUCAUAUGAUACAGAGGUAUCAUACAGAGGACAGGUAAAAAAAAAAACUUAUAGCUAUUCUCUUUAUGCAGACAUUGUUCAAGUAAACCAGUGUGAGAUAUUAAGACUAUCAAUUAUUUGGUGGGAUUAGGUUUGCCAUUUUAUUUUUAUAAAUAUAUAUUUUUUCUGAAUGUGUCUGAGUCCAAGAGUGGGCAAAAAAUAAUUUUCUACUUUGGACUAAAUCUAUAAAGGUUUUUGGAAGUCUGUAUUACUACUAACUUGUUGAAUGAUAUCUUGCCUUAUGGCACCAAUUGUAAACCUUUGAUUUUCUAAAAUAAAUUAAUUGAAAAAUGUA